AUGGCUCGGCUGAGGACCAUCACAUCCAUACACUUGCGAAUACUUACCGAAAACUGGGUUGAGAAACGGUUGCACUCGAGAGUUUACCCGACGUCAGCGUUACCCCUGCCUCCACAGAGCGACGGAGCCCCAGACCAAGGAGCUCGUGCAGUGUGCGCACUUCUCCGGCCUCAUCAUCGCUGUUGCCACACACGAAAGAGAGCACCGGACUCCCUCGCUCAUUCUUGCGCAGCUGCGAGGGCUGCGCAGAGGCAGCAGCGGAGGAGGGAGAGGGUAGACGGCGGACAGCUGCUUGUUGGUCGGUGUUAUAUAUAUAUAUAUAUAUAG